AUGGGACAACAAGCGUUUUCAAGUGAAAGAGGAUUGAGAAUAACCCAACAGCUGUUUCUCUCUCUGUUGUUGUUCCAGGUCCAUCAGUAUUACAGCUCUUUGCCGGAAGAUAAAGUACCAUACGUGAACAGUCCUGGAGAGAAGUAUCGCAUCAAACAGCUCCUGCAUCAGCUUCCACCCCAUGACAAUGAGGUGAGAUACUGCAACAGUCUGGAUGAUGAGGAGAAACGAGAGCUCAAGCUCUUCAGCAACCAGAGGAAGAGGGAGAACCUGGGCAGAGGAAACGUCAGACCCUUCCCCGUGACAAUGACCGGAGCCAUCUGUGAACAGUGUGGAGGACAGAUCAAUGGAGGUGACAUUGCGGUCUUUGCAUCACGAGCAGGUCAUGGUGUUUGCUGGCACCCCCAGUGCUUUGUGUGCAGCAUGUGUGAUGAGCUGCUGGUGGAUCUGAUCUACUUCUACCAGGACGGGAAGAUCUUCUGCGGUCGCCAUCAUGCAGAGAGACUCAAACCCCGCUGUUCAGCCUGUGAUGAGGUUAGACACUUUCACAUUGACAUUACUGGACAUGAGUCUCUAUGUGCUUAA